AUGUACCCCGCAGCCGUGCGCGCUUCCAAGACGCUCAGCAGGAAACUUCCCGGAGCGCCGGGGAGGGACAACAUGGUGACUUUCAUGAAGGAGGAGCUGAAGAAGAUGAAGAAGCUCCUGAGUCCAGAUUACCCAGAAUGCUCAGAGAGUGAGAGAGAGGAUGAGGAUGAAGAGCAGAGGAGCAGCAGAGAGUCAUUAGUGAGGAUCACACUGGACUUCCUGAGGAGGAUGAAGCAGGAGAAGCUGGCUGAGCGUCUACGGCGAGGACGGGGGUGCCCCACCCGGCCACCGCUCUGCCAACAGAAGCUGAAAUGUGGCCUGAAGAAGAGGUUCCAGCGUGUGUUUGAGGGGAUCGCCAAACCAGGAGAGUCCACCUUCCUGAACCAGAUCUACACAGAGCUCCACAUCACAGAGGGAGGGACUGCAGAGGUCAAUGAGGAACAUGAGGUCAGACAGAUUGAAACAGCAUCCAGGACAGCAGACAGAGCAGAAACAAGCAUCAGACCAGGAGACAUCUUUAAGGCCUCACCUGGCAGAUCUCAGCCAAUCAGAACAGUGCUGACAAAGGGAGUGGCUGGCAUUGGGAAAACAGUCCUGACUCAGAAGUUCACUCUGGACUGGGCUGAAGACAAAGACAACCAGGACGUCCACUUCACGUUUCCAUUCACCUUCAGAGAGCUGAAUGUGCUGAAGGAGAAGAAGUUCAGCUUGGUGGGACUUGUUCAUCACUUCUUCACUGAAACCAAAGAAGCAGGAAUCUGCAGCUUUGAAGACUUCCAGGUGGUCUUCAUCUUGGACGGUCUGGAUGAGUGUCGACUCCCUCUGGACUUCCAGCACACUGAGUUCCUGACUGAAGUUACAGAGUCCACCUCAGUGGAUGUUCUGCUGACAAACCUCAUCAGGGGGAAACUGCUUCCCUCUGCUCGCCUCUGGAUCACCACACGACCUGCAGCAGCCAAUCAGAUCCCUGCUGACUGUGUGGACAUGGUGACAGAGGUCCGAGGGUUCACUGACCCCCAGAAGGAGGAGUACUUCAGGAGGAGGUUCAGAGAGGAGGAGCAGGCCAGCAGGAUCAUCUCCCACAUCAAGACCUCCCGAAGCCUCCACAUCAUGUGCCACAUCCCGGUCUUCUGCUGGAUCACUGCUACAGUUCUGGAGGAGGUGUUGAAGAGCAGAGAGGGAGGAGAGCUGCCCAAGACCCUGACUCAGAUGUACAUCCACCACCUGGUGGUCCAGGCCAAAGUCAAGAUGGUCAAGUUUGAUGGAGGAGCUGCCACAGAUCCACACUGGAGUCCAGAGAGCAGGGAGAUGAUGGAGUCUCUGGGAAAACUGGCUUUUGAGGAGCUGCAGAAAGGAAACCUGAUCUUCUAUGAACCCGACCUGACAGAGUGUGGCAUCGAUCUCAGAGCAGCCUCAGUGUACUCAGGAAUGUUCACACAGAUCUUUAGAGAGGAGAGCGGCCUGUACCAGGACAAGGUGUUCUGCUUCAUCCAUCUGAGCCUUCAGGAGUUUCUGGCUGCUCUUCAUGUCCAUCAGACCUUCAUCAAGUCUGGAAUCAACCUGCUGGAAGAGACAACAACCAUUCAGCAAUCUCCACAACAGCUUCAACUCCACCAUCUCCAUCAGAGAGCAGUGGACGAGGCCUUGAAGAGUCCAAAUGGACACCUGGACUUGUUCCUCCGCUUCCUCCUGGGUCUUUCACUGCCGACCAAUCAGAGUCUCCUUCGAGGUUUGCUGACACAGACAGGAAGUAGCUCACAGACCAAUCAGGAAACAGUCCAGUACAUCAAGGAGAAGCUGAGUGAGAGUCUGUCUGCAGAGAGAAGCAUCAAUCUGUUCCACUGUCUGAAUGAACUGAAUGAUGGUUCUCUGGUGGAGGAGAUCCAACAGUCCCUGAGAUCAGGAAGUCUCUCCAGAGAUGAACUGUCUCCUGCUCAGUGGUCAGCUCUGGUCUUCAUCUUACUGUCAUCAGAGGAAGAUCUGAAGGAGUUUGACCUGAAGAAAUACUCUGCUUCAGAGGAGGCUCUUCUGAAGCUGCUGCCAGUGGUCAAAGCCUCCAACAAAGCUCUGUUGAGCAGCUGUGGUCUGUCAGAGAGAAGCUGUGGAGCUCUGUCCUCAGUUCUCAGCUCUCAGUCCUCCAGUCUGACACAUCUGGACCUGAGUAACAACGACCUGCAAUAUUCAGGAGUGAAACUACUGUCUUCUGGACUGGAGAGUCCUCACUGUAAACUGGAAGCUCUCAGGUUGAGCAGCUGUGGUCUGUCACAGAGAAGCUGUGGAGCUCUGUCCUCAGUCCUCAGCUCUCAGUCCUCCAGUCUGACACAUCUGGACCUGAGUAACAACGACCUGCAGGAUUCAGGAUUGAAGCUACUGUCUUCUGGACUGGAGAGUCCUCACUGUAAACUGGAAGCUCUCAGCCUGUCAGGGUGUCUGGUCUCAGAGGAAGGCUGUGCUUCUCUGGUCUCAGCUGUGAGCUCCAAGUCCUCCCAUCUGAGAGAGCUGGACCUGAGCUACAACCAUCCAGGAGACUCAGGAGUGAAGAAGCUGUUUGCUGCAGUGGAGGAUCCACAGUGCAGUCUGGAGACUCUCAGGGUGGACCAUGGUGGAGAGCAGAGGUUAAAACCUGGUCCGAGGAAGUAUUUCUCUCAACUUGAACUGGACACAAACUCAAUGAACAUAUUCCUCAAACUGUCCAACAACAACAGGAAGGUGACAUGUGUGAAGAAAGAGCAGCCGUAUCCUGAUCAUCCAGACAGAUUUGAUGACUUCUGGACUUAUCAGCUGCUGUGUAGAAAUAUUCUGAGUGGUCGAUGUUACUGGGAGGUGGAGUGGAGCGGAAAGGUUUUUAUAUCAGUGAGUUACAGAGGAGUCACACGGAGAGGAACCAUGAAGGAGUGUGUGUUUGGACGGAAUGAUCAGUCCUGGAGUCUUAGCUGCUCUUAUCAAGGUUACUAUGUCAGGCACAAUGACAGAAUAACAUGCACCUCAUUGUCCUCCUCCUCCUCCUCCUCUGGUAGAGUAGGAGUGUAUGUGGACUGUCCUGCUGGCUCUCUGUCCUUCUUCAGAGUCUCCUCUGACUCUCUGAUCCACCUCUACACCUUCAACACCACAUUCACUCAACCUCUGUCUGCUGGUUUUACCCUCCUGUACUCUGGUUCUUCAGUGAGUCUGUGUCCUCUGUAGGAAGGACGGUCUCUGUCUCUGACAGCAGUCCUGUCAGGACCAAUCAGAGAUCAGAGAACAUCAGUGGAGUUCAGCAGGGCUCACAGACGGAGCCUCCAACACUUUGUAAAUAUGUCGUCAGUUUAAGUUUCAGGACGUUUUCUAACCUCCUCAAGUCUUUGUCAGCAACAACGGAGGCGACGAGGAAAGGACUCUUCUGAUCACAGUUUGAUGUUUAUAUUUUGAUCCGGCCCAGCCGGUCCUGAUUGGACCAGUUUGGUCUUAGUUGGACUUAUUGAAGGAGAGUCUGACUGAGAGUCUGAGUCUGUCAGUCUGCUGAGAGGCUGGAAGUGAAGCUCUUUUUUUUAACACUGAUGGACAAAUGAAGCUUUCUGAAACUCUGGUGCCUGGAUAGAAGCUUUUCAACACUGACCUCUUUAGUGCCACCUGGUGGCUAAAAAUAUGAAGAGCAGCUUGAAUGAACUGCUCCAUGAUGGUUCCCCACAAGUUCAGUUCACAGCUUCUCUUUAUGAUCAUGUGACCGUUUUGUUUGAUAUCAGGAUGGUUGUGGUGAUAUGAACAAGUGAUUCUGACAGUCAAAAAACAUCUUUUGUUGAAUUGAUUAAUAAGCAUGAAUAUGAAUAAACUUUGAUGGAUUGAACAUGU